UCUAUUCUACCCGUUUCACUUGUCUUCUUUCACUUCCGUGUCUUCCCCGGAAAUGAUUCGUUGGCAUUGGCAACGUAUUAGCCUAGACUAACGGCGUUUACAAAUUUAAAUAUAUAUAUAUACAAAAGAACGGAUCUUUUAAAGGGACUCCCGCUGGAAUUCUGCACAUUUUAUCCUUCUGUCCACUCACCAUAGAGGAGCAAGGAGCAAGUCCAGACUGCAAACAGAAUGACCAGCUCAUCUGCUCCUAGAAUGGUGAAUAGUUACAAGAGGACUUCAAGCCCCCGCUCACCAACUAACAGUGGAGAGCUCUUCACACCAGCACAUGAGGAAAAUGUGCGCUUCAUUCAUGAAACCUGGCAGUGUGUGCUUAGGGACAUCAGAACAUCACAAAAUAAUGAGCGUAAUGACCGUGGACCACAGGAAUAUGUGGAAAAGAAUCCAAAUCCUAACCUACAUUCUUUUACACCAGUGGACCUGAGUGACCUCAAGAAACGCAACACACAGGACACCAAGAAGUCUUAGUCUUUUUUUUAAAUAGCAUUGUCUUUUUUCACCCAUUGUCCUUGAGAACUUUUCCUCCAUCAGCAUUCUGUCAGCCAGUAAGUCAGCCUUGUUGGCCAGUUAGGCACAGGAUGCCAAACUUGUUACAAACUGUGGACCACAGCAUCACAUCUCCUUCUUUAUCAUAUGCAGCUGACUAUGAAGAAAACAUUUGGGAUUUGGGUUGAUACAAGCUCUCUCAUAUCCUGGUAUAUGUUUUCUUUUACUUUUUUUAUGUCACAUUGUUGCCAUAUGUUAUUGCUAAUGCAGAUGGGACUGAAUUACACAUUCAUCACAACUUGCUGACCUCUGAUGCUGAGGUACAAACUGCUGACACAGGACUCAAAAGACUGCAGUCUUAAACACCAAACAUUUUAUUUUCUAGAUGUACUUACAUGACUUUGGAAAAAUGUGAAAGGGCUGACAUCCUUUUUUUAGUUUUGCAUAGUUUGAUCAAUACAAAUUUAGAAGUAAUGUUUAAUGGUUGCAUUGGUAACACACUUGUUCUGGAAGCCAAAUGCACUGUAGACAGCCAACAUUUUUAUUAAAUUUUUUCUUGCUCGCAAAUGGACUUUACUAAGUAGACCCUUGUCCCCAAACUGCUUCCCUUGGCUCAAUUCCCUUUUCCCCAAUGUCAAGAUAAAAUGUUGAAUAAAAUAAGUUUUACAAUUCCUGUGGCCAUUUCUGUUCAACGGGAAAGCACAAA